AUGAAGAAGAUGCUUCAGGCAUCGGUAUCUCAGAAAUACAGAAUAGAUCACCAGCACGGACAACGGGACAGAGAGAAGGCAGCUAAACAAGAAGAAAGCUUAAAGAAGACCUUAGUGUUGCUGAGAUGUCUUCAGUCAGAGCAGCAAGCUCUUAAAAAUGAAAUUGGUGCCAUGGUUUCAGACUGGAAUGCACUUAGAAGAGAUAUUUGUAGCAAAACGGAAGAAAUAUUUCGAAUUCAUUCUGAAGAUUUAGAGCAACAGUUGGAAACAUUAGGACUGAAUUUCCAGAACGCAACUAAAGAAAUGCAACACCACAAGGACAUUUCCAUAAUGAAGUCAGAAGAGGUCACUGAUCUCCAAAACAAGCUAGGAAAAAUGGAAUAUAAUAAUGAAAGCAUUACAUUGAGGCUUACAAAAGAACUGAAGGAGAAAGAAGAUUCUGUGACAUACCUUCAACAGAAGUGCCAGCAGUUACAGGAAGAGAUCACCGAAAUGGGAAACACAGAAGACAAUCACAGAAGGAGAACUCAGCGUUUAGACAGUGAACUGGAAACAACGAAUGAAGUUUUAAAGCAAACAGAGCAAGACCUUGCUCACUUGCAACAAGAAAGGGAAUUGCAAAUGAUUUCAUAUCAGAAUAGAAUCGAGCAGCUUCAGGAAACCCUGAAAAAGAGAAUGCAGUCUGAUGACAGCUGGGAGACAAAGAUCCAGAAUGAACUGGAGAAUCAACAGCAAACGUUCAUGCAAAAACUUAAGGAAACAGAGUGGAGACUUCAUGAAGAAGCAAACAUGGAAGUGGAGAUCGAGAGACAACGGCAUAGCGAAGUUAUAAAGAUGCUACAGAAUAAAAACGAGGAACUUGAAGGAAAGAUCCCAGCACUAGUAUCCAGGGCAUGUGAAGAACUGCAGACUGAAAUACAAAUUCUGGAGAAGAAGCUACAGCAAACUCAAGCAAGACUUCUAGAGAAAAAUCAAGCAAAGGGCACUGAAGUUGCCAAUUUAAAAAAAAGAAUUUCUGAGUUGGAGGUUCGUCUAAACAGAGACUAUGAACACAAUACCUCUUCCCUAGAAGAAAUGAGAAAAGACAUUCACACAAAGGCUGAGCAACUAAAUGAAAUGAACAUGAGCUGUGCACAGCUAAGACAUCAACUAGACCAAGUCACGCAGGAGAAUGCAUUCCUCAAAGAAACCGUGCGCAUGGAGUGUGAAGAACGCUAUGAGCUUACUGAGGCCUUGACCCAGGCCAAGGAACAGCUGUUUGAACUAAAAAGAGGUCAUGGAAACCUCCCAGUGUCACAAAGAUCGUUUACUCCAGAGAAAGCAGUGCCCCCUCACAUAAUGACUAGUCCACAUCUGAAGCGUCCUCUGAGCUUAUCAACAGGUAAUGGAACCACACUAGUGAGCUUGUCUGGGUCCACUAUAUCAACUAUGAAUAAACCCAAGCACCCGAGCACCUUACCUAUACUGCAAUCCCCGCAUCCACCAAAAGAGAGAGCAUCUUCACUAACCGAAGCAAGACAAAAAAUCACGGCAGUCCUCCGGAGAAAUACUUCUCAGCUAUGAA